AUGGAUAAAUCGGAAGAACUUGAGUUGGUCCCACCAGAGCUUCGUCAAGCAGUUGAGUUUCAACACAACAAUCCGAUUCGAGUACGGAGCAGCGCUAUGGUAGAUAUUCAGCAGUGCAGCGGAAAUCCGUAUACGCUCGAGAAUGGAAAGAUAGUAUAUGUCACGUUCUACACUCAUCUGGAUAAAAAAAUGGUUGAAAUGUAUUUGCAUGAAGCGUAUGCGUUAGAAGAAAUCGCUAGAAAAGCAGCAGAGCUUCUGCCAACUGUAGAAUGGAAAGUGUGUUCUGGUACGCAAUACCAAGCUGAUUUCGAAUUCACUAGUUCCCAUCAAGUCUGGAACUCCAUCAGGACUACUCUAUUCUACAAGUUCAAUUUCCUUUUGGUCCACCUUGAACGUCGUCAUCAUUACUGUUAA